AUGCCCGUCGACGACGCAGACGCCGGCGCGAGACGCUCGAGCGGCGAUCAGAGCGCUCGCACACCCCAGCCAAGCGAAUCGAUUAACCGCUUCGCGUUCGAUUCCUUCGGCGAGGGCGACAUCGAGCGCGAGCAAGUGGAAAGAGUGACACCAGGGAUCGAGCUCGAGCGCCAGGCGGAACGUACGCGGUCGACGCACGAGCGAGAGGAGGUGCUUCCGAGGCUGUUGGACUGCAGCGGCGUUCUGCAGGAUGCGUGCGCGGCAAUCGUCGACGAUAGCUUCAAUCGAUGCUUUCAGGAGGCGGUGGAGGAGCCUUGGAACUUCAAUUUUUAUCUGUUUCCACUGUGGUGGCUCGGAUGGUUGAUUCGGCACGGGAUUUUGUUUCCGUUGCGGUUGGCGUUCAUUCUGAGCGCGAGCGCGGCUUUUACAGUGUCGUUCUUCUUUUCGCAUUACGUUACGCCGAGAGAGUGGGGUUGGGAGCGAAAGUGCGUGGAGUUGUACGCUGCCGCGUUCGUGGUCUCGUGGACCGGGGUGAUCAGGUAUCACGGACCGAAGCCGUCUAGGGGUGGGCAGAGGGGCGGGGUGGUGUACGUGAGCAAUCACACGUCGAUGAUCGACUACCUUGUUCUCACGCAGGUGUCGCCAUUCGCGGUGAUCCAACAGAAGCACAGGGGUUGGGUCGGCUUGUUGCAGCGCACGGCGAUGAAUGCGAUCGAUUGCAUAGAGUUCAAUCGCACGGACAUCCAAGACCGUCACAAGGUAACGGAGAGACUGAAGCAGCACGUGGCAGAUAAGUCGAGGUUGCCGUUGUUGAUUUUCCCUGAAGGGACUUGCGUGAACAACAAGUACUGCGUUAUGUUUAAGCGAGGUGCGUUUGAUCUCGGCGUGGACGUUGUUCCGGUGGCGAUUAAAUACAACAGCCUGUUUGUCGACGCUUUCUGGAACUCGAGACGCCAGAGCUUCUCCAGGCACUUGUGCAAGCUCAUGAGUUCUUGGGCCGUCGUCGCAGACGUUUGGUACAUGGAACCUCAGCGACAGCGAGAAGAUGAAACGAGCAUCGAGUUCGCUGAGAGAGUGAGAACGAUGAUUUGCAAACGCGCCGGGCUUAAAGCCGUGCCGUGGGACGGGAUGUUGAAGUAUUACCGGCCGUCGCCGCGAGAAUGCGAGAGUCGGCGCAAGGCCUUCGCCUCGACUCUCAUGAACGGACUCAAGUAA